AUGCCUUUUCACGCACUAGUCCUCUAUCCAAAUGAAGAGGACACCAAGUUCGACAUGGACUACUACCUCAAGACCCAUAUGCCUCUGGUGAUGGAAAACUUUAAGAAACACGGUCUCAAGAAAUGGGAAGUGCUCGAAUACAAGCCCGGUUUGGACGGCGCAAAGCCACUGUAUAUUGCCAGCGCGACUAUGAUCUGGGACAAGCCUGAGGACAUGGGUGCAGCAUUGACCUCGGAGGAUGCAAAACCUGUCUUUGGAGACAUCCAAAACUUCACCAACAAGCAGCCAGUCUUCCUCGCAGGGGACCUUGUGAAAACUUCUUAA